AUGGUAUGUAUAAGUAUCAAUGCAUAUUCUCAGAGAUUUUACUAACGGUUAAAUUUUAGUCUUCUUUUGCGCCUUUAAAUCUUACGGAGGAUCCAUCAAUUUCCAAGAAAGAUUUAGAAGAAGAACAUUCUCGAGAACUUCAGAUAGAAGAAGCAUUUAG